GUCCCACGGCUCACUUCCCCACCACGAAUGCAAGCUGACCCAAGGGGCCUGUAGGGGCAUUUGCUGGUGAGGUCCAGCUCUGCGGCACGGAGGGACGAAGGACUCCGCAGCCCUGGGGCUAUCUGCCUGUGGCCUGUGCGAGAGCCGGAGCCACUCUACCCAGGUGCAGGGGCCGCCGGGGAGGAGGUGGAGGCAGGUGGGGCCAAGGGCUGGGCUAGACUCAGGCAGCCCCUCAGUGUCUCACCAGUGCCCUGCCAUUUCAGCCUGGGACGGAGUGCUCGUGACAUAGCGGCUUCUCCUUGGGGGCUGUAAACUCUGGUGGUGGCUUCGCCGAAUAGAGGGGACGCCCAGCCUCCGCUGAAGCAGCGGGAUGUUCAAGGGGCGUUGGUCACACGGGGCUCAGGGAGCAGAGGCCAGGGACAGAGAGCUUGGAAGGCAGGAGGGCCCUGAAUUUCCAGGGCGCUUCAAGAGUUCGGACUCCCGGGCCAAUAGUGGCUGAAAAUGGGGGGUCUCAUGACGCCAUAAUCCCCUGGGCCUGGGACCGACGGCUGUGAGUGGCACUACAGGCCCCCGCCCCCGGGCCCCCUGCACUGGGCUGGGCGCGGUUCGGCUGGGCGUACGCAGUCGGAGGCGGCGCCGGUCAGGCCCGGGCGCCUAUGGACGCGCGGAGCCCGCUGUCUGCCCGGGCCAGCGCGUUCAGCAUCGCCUCUCUUGUUGCAGCCGAGGCCUCGGAGGGCGCCGCCCACCGGGGCCCUAGGCCCUCGGACCGGGCGAAACUUCGCCGGCUACCAGGAUCCCCAGCCGGAAUGCACUUCAGCACAGUCACCAGGGACAUGGAAGCCUUUGCGGCCAGCAGCCUGAGCGGCCUGGGAGCCCCGUCGCCUGGCGCCGACCCGUUCGGCCCGCGCGAACCGCCACCACCGCGCUACGACCCGUGCGCCGCCGGCCCCGGUGCCCCGGGCCCGCCGCCGCCGCGCGCCUACCCGUUCGCGCCCGCCCCCGGGGCGGCCAGUAGCUCGGCGGCGGCGGCCGAGCCCGAGGGUCCGGGGGCCACCCGCGCCGCCGCCGCCAAGGCGCCGGUGAAGAAGAACCCGAAGGUGGCCAGCGUGAGCGUGCAACUGGAGAUGAAGGCGCUGUGGGACGAAUUCAAUCAGCUGGGCACCGAGAUGAUCGUCACCAAGGCGGGCAGGCGAAUGUUCCCCACUUUCCAAGUGAAGCUCUUUGGAAUGGAUCCCAUGGCUGACUACAUGCUGCUCAUGGACUUUGUGCCUGUGGAUGACAAGCGCUACCGGUAUGCCUUCCACAGUUCCUCCUGGCUGGUGGCUGGCAAGGCAGACCCUGCCACACCUGGCCGAGUGCACUACCACCCUGACUCGCCAGCUAAGGGCGCACAGUGGAUGAAGCAAAUCGUGUCUUUCGACAAGCUGAAGCUGACCAAUAACCUGCUGGAUGACAACGGCCAUAUUAUUCUCAACUCCAUGCACAGAUACCAGCCCCGCUUCCAUGUUGUCUACGUGGACCCUCGCAAAGACAGCGAAAAGUAUGCAGAGGAGAACUUUAAAACCUUUGUAUUUGAGGAGACACGCUUCACUGCGGUUACCGCCUACCAGAACCACCGGAUCACGCAGCUUAAGAUUGCGAGCAAUCCCUUCGCCAAAGGCUUCCGGGACUGCGACCCCGAGGACUGGCCCCGGAACCACCGUCCCGGAACGCUGCCGCUUGUGAGUGCCUUUGCUCGCUCUCGGAACCCCGUGGCUUCCCCUACGCAGCCCAACGGCGCGGAGAAAGCAGACGCGGCCGAAGCCCGGCGAGAAUUCGACCGUGACUCCGGACCCGCUGCGCUCGGUGACGCCGCGCACCCGCCGCAGUUGCUGGCGCGCGUACUGAGCCCCGCACUGCCCGGGUCCGGCGGUCUCGUCCCUUUACCCGGAGCGUCCGGAGGCCGACAUAGUCCCCCGCAUCCCGAGCUGCGCCUAGAAGCGCCGGGUGCGUCCGAGCCGCUGCACCACCAUCCCUACAAGUACCCGGCCGCCUACGACCACUACCUCGGGGCCAAGAGCCGGCCGGCGCCCUAUCCGCUGCCCGGCCUGCGCGGCCACGGCUACCAUCCGCACGCGCACCCGCACGCGCAUCCGCACCACCACCACCACCCCGCGGUGAACCCCGCAGCCGCUGCCGCAGCCGCCGCUGCGGCCGCAGCCAACGUGUACUCGUCGGCGGCUGCGCCUCCCGGUGCCUAUGACUACUGCCCCAGAUAGUGCGCCCGCGUGGGCCCCAAGGGCCACUUAAGGACGCGCUCCCCCGCUGGGGAGCCUUGCGGGCCUCCGGCCCGCCAGUGCCAAAGCUCCCGUCCGAGGCGGAAGGAAGUGGUAUUUAUUGUUCUCCGCGAGACCGCGUCGCCUCCGGCCCGGCCGGCAAUUGCAGUGUAGACGACCCGAGUGAGCCCCGCCUGCGGGCGGUGUAGAUAUGUGUAGAUAUGUGUAGAUACUGUAGAUACUGCACCGGCGCCGAUUUCAUAAACGGUUUCGCCUCUU